AUGCUGGAUGAAAUCGAGGAAAACAAUGCCGAGGAUCCUGUAUGUAUUGACCGACAGGGGCACGACUCCGAUGUUGAUGAUAAGGAUGACACGGUGAGCACUAGCACCGCAACGUCUCAUAGCAGUUCGGGCCUUAAUAAAUUCCCUCGAAAGAGUAAGACAACAAAAAUUAAAAUUUCAAACGGUCUAACACAUCUCCAACUUUCCAGUUGUCAUCUGCGAGAGGAUCACGGACAACCAUUAUUCGGUGUACAGUUCAAUCAUCAUUUAUGGCAACAGGCAAUAUUUGCAUCGGUUGGAAAGGAUCGAAUAUCCAUUUAUGAGUGCACGGAACCGCCUGAAGAUGGCAGUGGCGGGGUAAAAUUGUUGCAAUGCUACGCUGAUCCCGAUCCAGAUGAAAACUUUUACACUUGUGCCUGGUCCUACGAUGUGGAGACAUCUGAGCCAAUUUUAGCCGCAGCCGGAUAUCGCGGAGUUAUACGUCUUUUCAACAUUUCAAAAAAUAUGAGCAACAAACACUUCAUUGGCCACGGGCAUGCAAUAAAUGAAUUGAAGUUCCAUCCAAAACUUCCAUACAUUUUGUUAUCUGGCAGUAAAGACCAUUCGUUGCGUUUAUGGAAUGUUAGUUCAGAUGUGUGUGUAGCCAUCUUCGGCGGUGUUGAAGGCCACCGUGAUGAAGUUUUGUCUUUGGAUUUUGACAUUAAGGGGGAUCGAAUUAUGUCGAGUGGAAUGGAUCACUCACUUAAAUUGUGGUGUCUUAAUAAGCCAUCCAUUCAUGAGGCUCUACAGAGCAGUUGUCAUUACAAUGUGAACAAGAAUGCGGCACCAUAUCCAACAAUUAAAGAACACUUUCCUGAUUUUUCCACCAGAGAUAUUCACCGCAACUACGUCGAUUGUGUUGUCUGGUUUGGAGACUUUGUCCUGUCGAAAUCCUGUGAAAAUUCCAUAAUUUGU